UGCGGCUAUAUAAAACUAUUACUAGUUAAUAAUUACAAAUUACAAGAAAAAAUCACAGUCUAUCAAAUACAUUUUUCUUAAAUUUCAUCUGGAUCUAGAUCGAGAGGCAAUGAAAUUUUUAAUUGUUGUCAGAUUUAUGUCUAUUUUCUUUUGUCUCGUUGCUAAGCUACCGAAUAUAAACGAAUACGAAAGUAAAGGAACGGAUGAAGGUAAUUUACUUAAAAAGAAAAGGAAAGCAAUUGGUCAACUUAUUCCCAUUUCUUUUUUUAAAAAAAGUCCCACCUUUGAUAAGUAAUAUUUCUGCAUUUAUCAUUAGCAGUCAUUCUUAUUAUAAUUAAUUAAAUAAUAACAAUAGUAAAUAGUUUUCUAAGUGAUAAAUUUGCUAUGGAAGAUUUCCAAACUUCUGAUAUCAGACAACUAGUAAAUUUAUUGACUUUUGAGGAGGAUAAUGAUUCAGAUAUUGAUAAUUCUGAUUAUUUAUCAACUAAAAAAAGAAGUAUAUAUUCAGAGAAGAUGAAUAAAAAUAUGGAAAAUAAUAGUACGAACCAAACGGAAAUUGACAAUAAACCCAAUUAUUACUCUAAAUUAGAUAAAUCAAAAAACAUAUGGGAGGAUGAUGAAGUGCCAGAUGAAGAUUAUGAUGAGAUUCAAAUGAAAGAGGAACCAAAAUAUGAUAUGAUUUACCAGCAAAAUGUUACACCUGAUGAUAUGUUCUUGCAGCUUGAUGGUAAAGGACCAGGUUCCAACAACUGUGAAUGUUUAUUAAUAAAGAUAAAAUUAGAAGAUGUAAACUCAAGUGAUGAAAUCACAUUAAAGAUAUCAAAUGUUUCAGUGAUAUGUAAAACCAAUAAGUACUAUUUGGAUUUAAAUCUUCCUAAGCAUGUGGAUCCAGAAAAAUGCUCUGCUAAAUGGAAUCAAUCAAGUAGAAUUUUAGAUGUAAAGCUUCUACUUGAUGACAAAGAACUGUUUUUGUAAUAUUUAUGAAUUUUUCUCAUAAACAAUAUGAAUUUCUUCUAUAAUUUAAAUCUUAGAAAAAAAAACACAUAGUAAUAUCAGCCAUAAUUAGAAAUAAUCUAGUUCAAAUAAUUAUAAAACAUAGUUUAUAAUUAAAACAUAGUUUUAUAAUGAAUGUCAUUAAAAAAGUAAUAAAUCAAACAUUUGAAUCAUAAUUUUGAGUAGAUAAAAAUAU